UUAGUGAUUUUGGGUGUUUUUCACAGGGAUGGCAGAAGAUGGGAUCUGGUGGUUCCUCCUUCCUUUCUUUGAACUCUCCAGUGCCAGCUACCGGAGCCAGGAGUUCCUGGCUGUGUUCCCACAAAAUGAUGAUGAGUCCCCCAGUGCCUACCUGCAGCUGCUGCUCACCUCCUAUGGCCCUGCCAGCACCCAGGUGUCACUGACGCUCCGUGGCAGGUCCAUCACCCAGAACGUCACCCUGAGGCUGGAUGUCACUGUGCCCUUGCCCCUCCCUGCUAACCUGGAACUCCCUGGAAGCCGCACUUGCCAUAAAACCUUGGUGAUCCAGGCCAGUGCUGACAUCUCUAUGGUGGCCGCCAGCACCAAGGGCUACACCAUGGGUGCCACCGCCUUCCUGCCUGUGGAGAGCCUGGGCACCAGGUACUACAUGGUGACACUUGUUGGGAACUACACUUAUGGCCUGACCGAGUUUGUGGUGGCCGCAGGCGCUGCCACCACUGCUACCAGCAUCACCACCACUGCCACUUUCCACUAUACUGGGGCCACCUAUGUGCCCGGUGCUGUGCUAUGCCUGUUCCUACAGCCCUAUCACAGCUUGCAGCUCCAGAGCAGCCAAGACUUCACUGGCACAGUCGUGGUGGCCGACACCCCUGUGGCCGUCCUCAGUGGCCACACCUGUGUCAAGGUGUCUGCUGGCUUUGACUUUGUGGUGGAGCAGCUCCUCCCAAUGACAGCAUGGGGGAGGAGCUAUGUGGUGCCAUCCAACCCACUGCAGACAGAUGUUGACUUUGCUUAUGUGGUGACGUAUGAAGACAACACCAUCACCUACCACACCGGCAGUGGAAAUGCCACUGUGGCCAUGGCAGCAGGGGAGGUACAGAUGUUCGUGGUAAACCGUAACUCCCAUCUGCAUAUCAGUACGAGGUAGUGGUGUUUUUCUUCAGCGGGUCAUCUUGGCAAGAUCUCUUCCUCCUUGUUGUCCUACCUGUCACAGCCCACUGCACUGCAUUCCACUUCAGCAGUGUGCCCAGCCAGUAUAACCAUGCUAUCCUCAUUGCACCUACCACUGCCACUGCAACCACCACCCUCAACCAUCAGCCAGACAGCACCAUGGCAUGGCAGGCCAUUCCCGGCACAGAUUUCUCCUGGGCCAGUAUCACUGUGAGCGCAACGAUGCAGAGCGCUGAGAACUCACAGGUGCCUGUUGGGCUCCUGGUGUUUGUGUUCCAGAGUUGCACUGGAUAUGGCUUCCCCGGGCUCUGUGCCGCCAGUGAGUACAGUCAGUCCACUGUUGUCUCACCCCAAUGGUUGGGUGUUGUCCAGUUGGCCAUUCAUGGGUUUUCCCCUUCUUUUCAGUCCCCACACCACUCUCUUGUGAGGAUUUGAUAUGCGAGGAUAGGUGUGAGAUGGUGGAUGGACAGCUGGAAUGCAUCCAGGAGACUUUCUCCACCUGUUGGCUUGCUGGAGGGCCACAUUACUGCAGUUUUGAUGGAAAAACCUUUGAUUUCAUGGGAACAUGUGCCUACACCUUGACCACCAUCUGCAGUCCCGAUCCCACCCUUCCUGCCUUCUCUGUUGAGGUCAAAAAGGAGGAAAAAGAGAACUCCAAAGUUUCCCCCAUCAGCUCCAUCACCAUCCAUGUUGACAAUGUCACUGUCACUGCUGUCCAGUCAGAGAAUGGGAUGGUGAGGGUAAAGCGAAACCCAUCAUAAUUCCUGAAUUUCAAGUAAUUUUAUGGAAUUUCACUGAAAUUAUGUAUUUAGCAAUGAUCUUGAGGGUCUUUUCCUAAAUAAUUCCAGGAUUUGAUGGUGUGCAGGCAACCCUUGCACGAAAACACUUCUAGUCUUCUUAAACUCCUUGUAUUGCCCAAUUAUGAUGGGUUUUGGUUGUGUUGAUGGUUGUCGUCCUGCAGGUGAAUCACCGCUCACGCCUCCCCAUCUCCUCACAUGGGAAGCUCUGCAUCCACCAGAAGGGUAAAUCCAUGUUAAUUCAAUUGAAUUUCAACCUGAAGGUCCUCUACAACUGGGAUGAUCAUGUAGUAAUCAAACUUCCGGCUGCUCUUGUAAUAUCUCUCCUCCUUGCCUCCUUUGGGCCGAAUUCUCUGUGGAUACAACUUUUCUCUAGUCUCUCAGCCUCCUUUAAGCUGAAUUCCUCUGGGAUCCUCCCUCAUGGGGAGGUCCACUUAUCUCAGUCCUUAUAAUUCGAAGAAAACUCCCGAGCUCAUUAGAAUCUUGUUUCUCGUGUUUAUUAACAGGUGAUCAUAAAACUUGACUGAUCUCUUCAGGCUGGUUACAAGGUUAAUCUUUGCAAUUUGGCACAUUUCUUUCUUCUGAUGGUACA